AUGAACGAUGUCGGCCUGCCGCAGCACUACUUCGACAGCCUCUACGAGAAGGCGGUGUCCAGCGACCACGCCGAGGUGCUGGCGAAGCAGGAGGCGAAGGCCCUCGCCGGGGAGGUCCGCGGCGAGCCAGACGCGGAGCUGCGAGAGGUACGCGAGCACACGCUGCGCUUCAUCGCCGCGCUGGUAGACCACUGUCAGCUGCCCCCCGCCGGGCGCUUCCACGCCGUGCGGCUCCUCGACCUCUACCACUCGCGCGGCGGCGGCGGCGACCGGCCCAUCGCGACCCUGCCGGCGGCGUGCGCGGCCGCGGUAUCGCUCGUUGGCAAGGGCGAGGACGCCACCUUCGCCUCCUUCGGCCAGUCGUACCCCACGCUCGCGGCGGAGGCGAGCCGCUUCGCGCACUGGCUGCAGAGCCCUUCGGGGCCCUGUGCGGUGCGCGUGCUCGUGGAGGAGGUGGCCGGCGAGGACGUACUCAGCGAGGAGUGGAGGAUGCUGGAGCUGCUCGAGUGGCAGCUCAUGCCACCCUCCGUGUACACGUGGCUGACUGUCCUGUGCGAGAGGUUCCGCGUGCUGUCGGGGGACGCCUUCCGCGCGGACCGGGCGCUCGUGCGGGGCUUGCGCCGGGGGGGGACGGCCCUGUGGUUCUCCGACAAGUGGCGCGCGUCCUUUGCUUGGAAGGUGUCGCCACGGGAGCCCACGGUGCAGGAGGCGACGACUCCGGGAUCCCGCUCCGACGUCGACGCAGGCGGGCGGCCGAGCGGGGAGGAGAUGCAGAAUGCGGUGUCUCCGGAUUUCCGCGCUAAGGAGCAGAAGGGCGGCAGGAAUGCUCGUGGCCUGCAGCGCUGCUCGGAAUACGCGGCUGGAUGCGUGGAUUUCACAACUCAAUGGGAAGCUUUGCUAUUGUCAGGCUUGCAGGACGACGACAUCGCCCGGGCGACUGGUGAGCUGGGCCCGGUCAGGGGGGUCUUGCCAUCGCUGAUGGAUUACGCCAUGCCGGACCUGACUGGCAUUCACGGGAAAAAUCGGAGGUCGAUGAAGAAGGCGCACAAGCGCCGCCAGGAGGCCCUCAACACACCCUACUCGCAAAUGUCCAAGGCGGGCAGGAGGGAGUUCCGCAGGGCGUUCGUGACGAUCCAGAUCGAUGCUCUCAAAAGAGCAUGUUCCCCGAUCAUGUACCUCCUCGGCCAGAAGAAGCACGACCUCAACGAUUCCCUCUCCGCGGCCACAGAUCUGCUCAAUUGGAUGAACAGCAACCCGGUCGCUCGCGAGGCUGGCUUCACGAUCGCCGCCGAGCAGGAGGACAUGGCCAUCGGGGCAGUUCUGCACGACGAGGUCGACGCCAGGGCUGGCAGAAUGCAAGCGUUCCGGGAGGUCGGGGGCAAACCGGUUUCCCAGAAAGAGCAGCUUGCUUUGGUGGCAAUGUCCGAUUACACGGACAACUGGUUUGUGCAGGGCAACUACGCGUUGAAUGUAUAUUACGUGUGCAAGUCGAACACGUCGGAUGCCUGGAUCCGCCGGAGGACGCUAGAAGAGGAGGCGGCGGGGGUCAAGAGGCAGGGGUGGUACUGUUUUUGCGGUACCAAAUAUCGCCCCAAGAUGGGCCUUAUCAUGGAACUGGUGGACACGAAGCGCAAGAUGGCAAUCUACUUGAGGAUGCCACACCCGACUACCGACGUCCAAGACCUGAAAGCCAUGAUGCAAGAGCAAUUCCGGGUCAACGCUGCCAACAUGAACAUCACCAUCGCGAGCCCUCUUGAUCUCCUAAAAUACCUUCCUCGAGUGGAACCUUGCGGAGCGGGGACGAUCUUCUUGCCUGUCACGGAAGGGUGGCGCCCGGCCGAACAGGGCGGCGGCAAGCUGAGCGCGGCCACCGGUGAGCUCCAGGGUAUGUACCAGCUCAUUGGGGACCUCAGUUCACGACUCCAGUUCCCACAGCUCUCGCAGCCUAGUUUCAGUGCUGCCUCCCAGCUGAAGCGAGCCCUUUCCAAGAUAUUUGUGGCCAUGGGCCGACGCCUUAUGAUGAUGUGCCGUAAGACGGAGCUGUGCCGCUUCUACCAGAACGGCGUUUGCAAGCGUGGGUCGACGUGCGGCUUCGCGCACGGGGAGCAAGAGAUCCAGACGAAGCCAGAUUUGCAACGUACGAAGCGAUGUCCCACGUCGGCCAAUGGCCAGAUCUGCGAGGACCACCGCUGUUCCUUCGCCCACAGCGUCAAUGAGUUUCGCAAGUUCAAGCCGGAGUUGCACCCUGUGGAUCCAGAUGUAGUUGCCAGCAUGAAGAAAAGCCAGACCACCACGUGUUCCGACAGUGGCUUCAGUUGCCAGAGCUCUGACAGCGGCUUUUGCCUCCAGACUCCCGACAGCGGGUUCAGCCACAAGGUCUCCGAGUGCUCAGGAAGCGGGCAGCACCCAACGCUCACGCAGCACAAAAUGUUCCUCUGCUCGACUUUCCUCAUGGUCGGGAGCUGCAGGAAGGACGGCUGCACCUUCGCUCAUGGCGCCCACGAGCUGAACUCUCGCGAUGGCCACAAGGAGUCCGCCUGCAGUGAGGAAGGCCGCCGCCCCAAGCAGGCCCAGCCGACGUCAGGUCAGGGCGGCGCGCGGCUGACGGCCCGCCUGGAGAUCGAGCAGGUGCAAGCCGCGCCGCCACCGCCCUGGCAGCAGCCGCCAGCGUGGGCUUCAGAUAGCACCCCGGAGCACGAGCCAGGUUCUGGAGCCCUGCCUGGGUGGACGACUGCGGCCCUCUGCCGUGUGCCCGAGAGGCUGGGCGACGUCGUCUGGCGCCGCGCGCCCGAGAGGCCGCCACCGCCCCCGCUGGUGGAGGAGCAGCUGGGACCAAAGCACCAGUACACGAAGAUGUGGGAGGACCUCCAGGCGUGGGCGGAGCACCACAUGCUGCCCCUCGCGCCGCCCAGCGCCCUGGACGGGACGCUCGCGGAGUACCUGGAGUACCUGUAUUUCGAGGGCCACGGCGCAGGGAUGGGCACGAGGCUGAUCGCGGCCGUGGGGUUCUUCAACCCCGAGGUGUCGCGCCAUGCGUCCUGCCGGCUGCCACGAACGCGACUCGCCGCGCAGAGAUGGUUGCGCCUCUCGCACCUGCGCGCGCGGCUGCUGAUCCCCCUGGAGGAGGUGGCCGCGAUCGCGGUGACUAUGUGCGGGCGCGGGGAGCGGCGGGCGGUUGCGGGAACGCUUCUGGCCACGAUCUGCUACCUCCAACCCGGGGAGCUCGCGGGCCAUGCCUUCUGGGUGCUGCAGCUCCACCGCUUCGAGGAGGGAGAGCCCUCCAAGACGGGGCGGUUCGACGACUCGCUGGUCCCCGACACGAGGUACGCAGCGCUGUACACGUACAUCGGCUUGCUGAAACGGACGGUACCCGAGUCGGAGCCGCUGAUCGGCAUGGGACAGCUCGAGUACAGCAGGCUGUUCAGCGACGUCGUGCUGGAGCUGAAGCUCAACGUGCCGGGUUCACGACUCCAGUUCCCACAGCUCUCGCAGCCUAGUUUCAGUGCUGCCUCCCAGCUGAAGCGAGCCCUUUCCAAGAUAUUUGUGGCCAUGGGCCGACGCCUUAUGAUGAUGUGCCGUAAGACGGAGCUGUGCCGCUUCUACCAGAACGGCGUUUGCAAGCGUGGGUCGACGUGCGGCUUCGCGCACGGGGAGCAAGAGAUCCAGACGAAGCCAGAUUUGCAACGUACGAAGCGAUGUCCCACGUCGGCCAAUGGCCAGAUCUGCGAGGACCACCGCUGUUCCUUCGCCCACAGCGUCAAUGAGUUUCGCAAGUUCAAGCCGGAGUUGCACCCUGUGGAUCCAGAUGUAGUUGCCAGCAUGAAGAAAAGCCAGACCACCACGUGUUCCGACAGUGGCUUCAGUUGCCAGAGCUCUGACAGCGGCUUUUGCCUCCAGACUCCCGACAGCGGGUUCAGCCACAAGGUCUCCGAGUGCUCAGGAAGCGGGCAGCACCCAACGCUCACGCAGCACAAAAUGUUCCUCUGCUCGACUUUCCUCAUGGUCGGGAGCUGCAGGAAGGACGGCUGCACCUUCGCUCAUGGCGCCCACGAGCUGAACUCUCGCGAUGGCCACAAGGAGUCCGCCUGCAGUGAGGAAGGCCGCCGCCCCAAGCAGGCCCAGCCGACCAGCCGCCAGCGUGGGCUUCAGAUAGCACCCCGGAGCACGAGCCAGGCAGCUCCGCCCCCUCCGGCGACGGCUCGCGGGCGUCCCCGGCCGAGCUCGAGGCCCACCGGGGGCAGGCCGCCUCCCGCGGGCCCUGCGCGGGAGAGGAGUAUCCCCGUCUGAUCGUCCAGAAUACGUUCCUGACCGUCUUGGAGGGCCCACCCCCGAGGCUGCAGCGCCGGCGGAAUUCGGUCCCGUGAUGUGCGCCGUCACCUUUUGCACAAGUCGAAGAGUAAAAAACGGCGGGCCCGGCGCAGAUCCAAGAGAUCCGCGCGGAGCGCCAAAAGUUGAUGUUUCUUUGCGUGCUCGUGCACGCUCAUGUGUGAUAAGUGAGGGGCG